AUGCUUGAUAAAAACAACGAGUUGGUCAGAACAUUUAGGCGCAUUCGACAAGAUCUCCAGCUUUCCUCCACACCAAAUCUCCGACUCAGAAUCUUUGGGAUCAAAAGUAGGAAUCGACAAUAUGACUUGCCAAGUAGCUCUGAUAUUGCAGCCUUAAUACCUGGUGAUUUUGUUGCAGAUAGGGAAGAUAGAGAUAUCAUUGUUGACCAUCGAGGAGAAGGGCCGAAACGCAUAACAAGCCUCAACCCAAAAUUCGAGGCUCUUCACUUCCCAUUGCUAUUCCCGUACGGAGAAGAUGGGUUUCAUCCUCAAAUAUCUUAUAAUGCCUCCUUUUGUCCAGCAUCAAUGCGCAGAAAAUUUGUUACUCAAAAAGAGUAUUAUGCUUUUAGACUUCAGUAUCGAUUGAAUGAGGGGCAUACACUGGUUCAAAGUGGCAAGGCAUUGCAACAUUACUGUGUUGAUGCAUUUUCAACAAUUGAACUCAAUCGACUGGCAUUUCUUAGAACUCAUCAAAAAGAUUUAAGAGCAGAAGUUUAUCAGGGGUUACAGGAUGCAUUUGCAAAGGGAGACAUGGAUGGAGAAAAGCUUGGAAGAAUUAUAAUGCCAUCAUCUUAUACAGGAGGACCAAGAUAUAUGCAGCAACUAUAUCAUGAUGCCAUGGCAACCUGUCAACAUUAUGGUAACCCAGAUUUAUUUGUUACAUUUACCUGCAAUGCUCUUUGGGAAGAAAUUGUUGAUGCUUUUGCAGAUAUGGUUGGACCAAACAGCGAGUUGAAGCCUAUGGUGGCCUGUCGUGUGUUUCACAUGAAGCUUGCCAUAUUAAUUGACGAGUUUAAAAGAGAAUCAUAUUUCGGAAAAACGAUAGCCAUAAUCUACACAGUUGAGUUUCAGAAGAGGGGCCUCCCACAUGUCCAUAUGCUUAUAUGGUUAGCCAAAGAGGAUAAGCUAAAGUCAACAUCUGACAUUGAUGAGAUGAUUUCUGCAGAGAUACCAGACCCCAAUCUAGAUCCAGAAGGGUAUGCUGCAGUGGUUAAGUUCAUGAUUCAUGGACCUUGUGGUGUUAACAACCCCACUUCACCAUGUCCAAAACACAAGUUGUUUGGAGGGAAAACAGUAGUCUUUGGUGGUGAUUUUAGACAGACUCUACCAGUAAUUUCAGAUUCAGGAAGGGAACAAACAGUGGAUGGAUCCAUCACAAGGUCAUCAUUGUGGCCCUUUUUUAAAGUGCUCAAACUGUCAAGGAACAUGAGGCUUAAUGAUUCACAGGAUAAUAGAAAUCUGGUCGGCUGUGGAAUGAACUUUGGUGAGUGGAUUUUGGCGCUAGGAGAUGGAAGGCUUCCAACAAAAUCCUUUAUGGCUAAUACACCUUCAGAUUGGAUUGAGAUACCACAAAUACUCUUGAUAUAUGCUGGAAAAAAUCCAAUCGAGUCAAUCACAAAUGACAUAUAUGACGCAUUUGAGGAACAACACAUGAGCAAAGAUUACCUAAGUGGAAGGGCAAUCGUUACUCCUACUAAUGCAGUUGUGACUGAAGUGAAUGACUUCAUGUUGCAAAAAAUUCCUGGACAUUGCCGUUGCUACUAUAGUUCAGACUCUAUGCAACUUGAUACAGAGGUAUCUCAGCUAUUUGCUGAAACUUACCCAACAGAAUUUUUGAAUGCUCUUCAGUUCAAUGGUGUUCCAGAUCAUGAAAUAAGACUUAAGGUUCACACUCCGAUCAUGUUGCUGAGAAAUUUGAGCCCACCAAACGGCCUGUGCAACGGUACGAGGAUAUUGAUUACGAAAUUGGGGGAAAAUAUCAUUGUUGGAAACAUCAUGGGAGGAUCUUUUGACACAAAAGAGGUUGUUAUACCACGAAUAGUACUCAACGUAGAAGACAAACGCUGGCCCUUUAUAUUGAAGAGGAGGCAAUUCCCAGUACGGUUAUGUUAUGGGAUGACUAUAAAUAAGAGCCAAGGUCAAACGCUGGACAAGGUUGGAGUCUAUUUGCCCAAACCAGUAUUCAGUCAUGGACAGCUUUAUGUGGCAGCAUCAAGAGUAAGAUCUGCAGGUGGUUUGAGAUUCUUGAAUGAAAAUGAAGAGGACAUUCCAGCCAGUUACACGAGAAACAUUGUAUAUUCAGAAGCCUUCACAGAUAUUGCACCUGGUUAA